AUGACCUGUCAUAACGAAAGAGUCAGCAAAGCAAAGAAAGCAAAAGAUAGAGAUAACUCAAAUCCGCCAGUAUUAGAUAAAUCUUUACCAUCCUUGCCGAUUGAUAUUGAAUCAAAGCAGUCCAAUAGGCUAGAAUCACCAAACAAUACUCUAUAUCCAAAAAGAUCGUUCGAACGAAACGAUACUUCACCUUCGAUAUCACCCCAAACGUCUUCAGAUACUUUAGAACACAUACCUAAGGCACGUACUCUACCUCCAUCAAAUUACGGAAUAGGUCGUCGUCAUUCUCGAUUAUUCGAUGCCAGCUCACUUAGUGAUGUUUUCAAACAAAAGGUUACUUCGAAUGCCUCAAAGGCACUUGAACAAAUAACAGGAAAACCUAACGGACUUACGAAAUCCGAUUCGUUAGUCGAUAAACAUAAGAAUCGUGGAGAUCCUUCCGAAAAUUUAAAGAAAACUAGUAUUUUCUCCAAAAGGAACGAUUCUUUAGACAACAUAUCGAAAAUUUGGCCAUCUAAAAAUCGUGAAGUAACAGACGCUCAUGUAAGGAACUCUUCCAUCACAAGCUUUCGAAGUGAACCUUAUGAGGGGGGACGCACCUUUUCAAUUUCUAGUCAGCGAAGUGAUAUCACUGAUGUCAUACCAAGAAAAAAUGAAGCGGACAAUUCAAGUCGAAAACCCGGCUUCUCUUCCAGUCGGAAAGUAAAAUCGCCACAAAGUCAACCUCAUUUACCUCAUAUUGAUGAAAAUACCGCAAAUGUUCAAUUAAAUCCAUCAUCAAACAGUGAGUACACACCUCGUUCAAAUUCUCCAGUUACUCCGAAUUCCAGUUCCCCUACUAUUGGCCCACCAGUAUUACCACCAUUAUCUUUUUCAAAUGGAGAAGAAGACUUGAGCAAAUUGGUUGCGGGUAAAAAAAGAGAUGAGAACCGUAAAUUAAAACACAGAUCAUUUAUCGGAGAAUUUCCAAAAGAUAAAAAUUUCAAAAUGUUAAAUGGUAUUGAUUCAGUAGAUUUUGAAGAUUUUUCAUCCGGUAGUUCUCCUUUGUCUGCGGACAGAAAGAACAGCGGGUCUUCGAUAACUUCAUUAUCCAGUCGAGAAAAUGAAAUAACUAUCAUUGAACCGGACGAUAUGCCAGUAGAGGAAUUGCAGAAAGCUUUAGCUGACACGAGAAAGAAAUUGAAGGCAAGUCAGAUGGCACUUGAUGAAGCCAGUCUUGUGAGGGAAGAACUCAAUAAUGAGAUAACCCUAAGGAACAAAGCAGAAUCAACAAUUGAGAAAAUGCGUACAUAUCUAGAUAAACAAUCUCAACAGAUAGAAGAAUUAAGAAAGGAAGGAGUGGAAAAGGAUCAAUUGAUUAAAGAUUCUUCGUUAACAAAACAAAUGUUGCAAGAAAUGCAAAAUGAAUUAAGAGAAAUGAAUAUGCAAAAAGAAUUGAUUAUCAAGGAGAUCGAAGGGUUAGCUAAAGAAAAGCAAGCUGGUCUUGCCGGAACUUUUUCAUCUAAUCCCGAUUCUGAUUCUACGAGUAAUCUUCCGGCAUCUCUUGCCAAACAUAUUUCAACUCAUCUUGAUGAAGUCAAACAAAAUUAUAUGUCAGAAAUUAGAUCUUUGCAAACUGAACGAGAUACAUUGAAAUACGAAACAGAACAGUUUAGGUAUAAACGAGAUCAGUUUGUUGAAGAAGCGCAAAAGUUGAAUGAAAAGAAUUUAGAAUUAGCUGAUAUGAACAAUGAUUUACUAAAACAAAUUGAAUCACAUCAAAAAGGCAAAGGGUUUAACUUUUUUAAAAGUAAUAAACCACAUGGACACCACCAUACAGAUUCUGGAUCGAGUCAUGGCAAAUCCUUUGGACAUAAUAAAUCGCCUUCGAUAUAUAAUUAUGAGGCUGAUAUUCCAGACAACGCAUCAGUUGAUCCUUUGCAGAAGGUAGCUCACCGAAAUAGCAUUGGUCGUGGCGCAACUCCCAAAAAAUUUAAAUGGAAAAAGGGCGGAAAAGUAUUAAAUAAACUAUUAGCUAAUGCAAAUGUAGUUGUUAAUGAUGUUAAACCAUAUAUGAUGGGAACUCUAUCGACUACUUCCAAUAUUAGUUUACCUACAGCGACGAAUGAAACCCGCUCAGAGGCAAAUAAGAAAAUGUUUAAUCAGAUGUUACAUAAUCAUGAGAUGAAUCGAGCUCAUAGUUGGCAACAAAUCAAUUUAACGAAUUCCGUAAAAUGUGACUAUUGUCAUGAAAAAAUGGGAAGCUUGGCAGAAUUAAAAUGUUCAACAUGUUCACUUGUGGUUCAUGUAAAAUGUUCACAUAAUGUUCCAGCGAAUUGUGCAAUCACGGAUUAUGAUUCAGAUAGCGCUUACAAUGUUAAUACCAAUUCGAUAUUUGGUAAUGACUUAACAAAGCAGUCAGAGUUGGAUGGAGUUGAUAUUCCAUUCGUAGUACAAAAGUGCAUUAAAGCUGUCGAAAUUAGAGGGAUGGAUCUUGAAGGCAUCUAUCGAAAAUCAGGUGGUGCCUUACAAAUUCGUGCUAUCAUAUCUGCUUUUAAGAAUGGGAUAGAAAUUGAUCUGGAUAAUCCAGAUAUAUUUAAUGACAUAAGUGCGAUAACCAGUGUUCUCAAAAAAUAUUUGCGAGAAUUAUCAAAUCCUUUAUUCACUUAUGAAUUCUAUUCAAGUUUCCUGGAAUUAGUUCCUAUGCCUAAUUGCGAAGAGAAAACUGAAAAGUUUCGAGAACUAUUUUCACAAUUACCAAAAGCUAAUUAUGCUACAAUAAAAUACUUAUUUGAGCAUUUAUACAGAGUAAAAGAACUUGAAGCAAAAAACCUUAUGACUACCAAAAAUCUUUCUGUUGUAUUUGGACCUACAUUACUUCGAGGUUCCAAUCCAAGUUCUGAAAUUCUUGAUAUGAACUUCAAGAAUGCCUUGGUUGAAUAUAUUGUUGAACAUGCUGACGUGUUGUUUUCGAGUAAUGAGGAGAAAAUAAAACCUGGAUUUAUAUGA